AGGGCCACUUCCGCGGGACGGCGGUGAGCGGAAGGGGAAGUGAGCGGCUGGGCCGGGCCGGCCGCGUCCGGGCGAUUCAGGGAGGAGGAGGCGUGAGUUUACAGUAUAGAGACCUGCUGUUCCCAAAGAUGGCCUAAGAUGAAGAAGCCCUGCCAGGUGGGAGCCAGCUGUGAUAUCGGAGAUGGAAACAGAUUCCACUAUCCCACUCUGGCAGAACAAACCACAUGGAGCUGCUCGAAGCGUAGUGAGGAGGAUUGGGACUAACCUGCCCUUGAAGCCAUGUCCUCGGGCAUCCUUUCAGACACUACCCAACAUCUCUGACCUAUAUCUGAGCGAUGUUCCCCCUGUCCCUACUUUGGCUGAUAUUGCCUGGAUAGCAGCAGAUGAAGAGGAAACCUAUGCUCGAGUCAGGAGUGACACCCGGCCUUUGCGGCAUAAAUGGAAGCCCAGCCCACUGUUCGUCAUGCAGCGCAAUGCCUCAGUGCCCAACCUUCGAGGGCCAGAAGAGAAGCUCCUGGCCUUGAAGAAGCCUGGCCUACCAGCCCUGAGCCGAACCACUGAACUACAAGAUGAGCUAACUCACCUACGCAGCCAGAUUGCCAAGAUUGUGGCAGCAGAUGCAGCUUCGACUUCAUUAACGCCAGAUUUCUUAUCUUCAGGAAGCUCAAAUGUCUCUUCUCCCUUACCUUGUUUUGGAUCCUCAUUCCACUCUACAACUUCCUUUGUCAUUAGUGACAUCACAGAGGAGGCUGAGUUAGAAGGCCCUGAGCUUCCAUCGGUUUCCAUGCUUUGUUCUGCCAGCUCUGAAUGUUGCAAAACUGACUCCAAAGCUGCCUGCAGCUUGGCUGAAGAUGAGGACUGUGUGUCUCUCUCAAAAGCGAGCAGCUUUGCAGACAUGAUGGGCAUCCUGAAGGAUAUUCACCGGAUGAAGCAGAGCCAAGACCUGAAUCGGAGCUUGAUAAAGGAAGAAGAUCCUGCUGUCCUCAUUUCAGAGGUGUUGAGGAGAAAGUUUGCUCUGAAGGAAGAGGAUAUCAGCAUGAAAGGAAACUGAUAAUCCUUUCUAUGGCGCCCUAUAUAUGGCCCUUUCUCUAUAAGCUGUCUUACAGCAGAUACUUCUGCCUUGCAGUUAGAAAUGUCCUUCCACAAUGGAAAAUACUGACAGGCUAGAAAUGGGGAGAAGAGAGAAAAGCUGAACUGCUUCCCCACACUUCAAACCUUAGCAAAACUUUUAAGGGCAGUGUUCUAAAAAUAGUUUUGAGUUGAGGGCUUGCAUAUAAUCUGUCAUGUUGCUUUGGUUGUUUUACAUUGAAGAACAAGAUGGGAGUUUUUGUUUUCCUCAUGUAAAAAUAGGCCCCAGACCGAUGACUAGCUUCACUGCACUAUCUACCCAGCUCCUGGUCUCGACUGGGUACAUGCAAUAUGUCCCUCAGAUUCAGCUGCUUCCUUGCAGGGGAUGAGGGUGUUGAGGAGCCCUGCGGUCUUCUCAGGACCAGUCAUAAACCAAGACUUGCCCCCUGCACUCAUGUACCAACGCCCAGCUGUGCUCAGGCCUUCUACAGGUCCUGUAGCUCCACCUCAUGAACAGGCUGCUGCUGGCAGGCCAGGGCUGUUUUUUCUUCUUAAAACACAUUUUGUAAUAUUGUAAAGAAACCAAAUCUUUCCAUACCUCCCCAAGAUCCUUAUGGCCUCCCCAUUGCCAUGGCAUUGAUGUCUUGUUCCACUGCCAUUGAGGGAUCUCAUCGAGGAAGAUGGGAGGGGACUGUGCUUCAUUUGGGGCUACUUUUUCUCAUACCUGAACCCCUGUUAGGUCAUGCCAAAGUCCUCACCCACCACACUUAAAUGCAUGACCCAGCCUUCCUUGGGACCUCUUUAGUAAAGGUGUGUGCACGUGUGUGAUGUUUGGGGUGAAGCACUACCUGGUAUUAAAGAAAGUUUUUGAGUGGUUA